UAUUUUGUUUGCAUUUUGUUAAAAAGCAAUAAAUAAAAAAAAUAAAUGUAACGGAUAAGUCCUCCAGUAGCUGUUCUGUUCUCCACUACAGUAAUAUCCUCCAGUUUCAUGACACUGUUUUUAGUUGAGAGCACACACAAACAGUUAAAGUGGUGGUGGGGGGGGGCGGGUUCUGACAGAGGUUAUUGUCUUCAACUCAGCAGGGAAUUUCAGACAAAUCCCUCUUAGAUGCAGGUGGUCGGGCACAAGCAAAGAGUUAAGUCCCGCAGUCCCUUUGCCCCUCCUCUUUGAUGUUCUGACAUCAUUAGUCCAGCCCCCUGUAAGAUCUCCCUGCUCUCCUCAGAGCCCAUCACUUCUCCUCGGGAAUGUUUACAGGAAGCAGCAGCAGGACUAAGUGUUUGUCUGAGGAGGUAAGACAUGCUUUGAAGAAACUUUUAGUCCAGGAAUCACAGCGGGUUCCACAGGUGUAGCCGCCGGGCUCAGAAGAGUAAUGGCUGUUCAGACUGCAAUCAUGAACCCUCAGUUCAUGAACUUCUGCUUCCCUGGUUCUGUGAUGGAGUACGAUGUGGAGAAGAGUCUGGAUGGGAGUAUCCUGGGUGAGGCAGAAAAUGACGAAGACUACAAAGAGACCACCAGGGACCUGCUGAGCUUCAUAGACUCAGCCUCCAGCAACAUCAAGCUGGCUCUGGACAAGCCGGUGAAAUCCAAAAGGAAAGUCAACCACCGGAAGUAUCUCCAGAAACAGAUCAAAAGGUGCACUGGCAUCAUAACACCGGGGAAUAUAGCUGAGGCCCCAGUGAAGAGGCAGGGCUCCCCUUUAGUCCAGCCCAGCCCUUUACAGAACAAAACUCUACCUAAGCGCGACGGGGUCCAGGCCAACUUACAGAGCAAGAGCUUGGCAGCCCUCUUCAGUCCUGUGAAGGAAAUUAGGGGCGAAAAAGCCAAGAAGCCACCACUGAGGCACCGCAAUCUGCCCCCCUCUUUCUUCACCGAGCCUGCCAACUGCUCCAAAGUCAGCUCCACGUCUGGGAUGACACUGAAGGAUUUGGAGCGAGGAAACCCGGAGGCUGCGGACUUCUUCGAGCUCCUCGGGCCAGAUUACAGCAACAUGGUCAGUGACCAGGACUUAUAUCAAAAUGUGCCCCUCCGGCCGCAGCCAGAGAUGGGAGGCCUGGAUCCAGUGUCUUACGACGCCCACCAUUUAGUCAGUGGUCUCCUCUACUCAGAGCCGUGGACUAGCUGCUCUGGACCCUCUAAGAAACCAGGGGAGAGCCUGCGGACGGGCCCGGCCCAGCCUCCUGUCUACUGUCAGUCUGAGGCUGCUGCUGCUGCUGCUGCUGGGCCAAUAGAUGACAAUGCACUGUGCACUUUGACCUUCCCCAACUUCUUCACAGACUGCUCCAUACCUCAGGUCACUUAUGAUUUAAGUGGUGGUUACAACAGAGCUAAUUAUUCAUCUCUAUGAGAAGCUGCAGAUACAAGGGUUUAACAUUAGUCCAAGAGAGUUUGACGCUGUUUUGUUGAGGAAAUAAUAUCGCAAACAAACUUUUGCUGCACACUCUUGAUGCCGUUUCAACACACAUCAGUUUCCUCUACAUGCUUUUGGAUGUGAUUUUAACUGAAAAUAUAUCUGAUAUUGGGUCUGUAUUAUUUUAUUCCCCCCCUCAUUGGUAUGAAGCUUAAUUACUGGAAUAUUCACAACAUUUCAAACACAGAACCCCAAGAGCUGCGGCAGCACUUGUUUGUUUAGGCCGUGAAGCAUCACUGACACUACAGAAUCAUUUGUCACGUUUUGACAAAACAUGCUACAACAAUCUCUCAGCGAGGCACUAUUUCAUCACAGAGACACGAGGGGGAGGCAGGGAAGCAGGGAGGGAGGGAGGGAGGAAGGUCCUUUUUGGUGAAACGAUGAUCACAACAAUGUAUUUGUGUUACAGCAUUUACAACUCAGAAAUCCUUUUUCGCAGCGUAUUCUGAUUUGCCACUUGUUUUCAUUCUUUGGGAGAAAGCCUCAAUGUAUCUAGCUAUUGUAAGAUUUAAAAAAAUAAAUAAAUAAAUGAAUAAAGCUG